AUGUCAGUAUUCUUAGGAAGUACAUCACAAUUUUCAAAAGCUAAAAUAGAUCCAGAAAAGAUUAAAAUUGCAGAAAUUCAAUUUGAAGCAAUGGCAUUUACAUUCAAUAAAUUAUUAAGAAGAUGUGAAUCUAAAUGUUUAUUACAUCAUUAUGGUGAAGGUGAAUUAACUAAAGGUGAACAAGAAUGUAUAGAUCGUUGUGUUUCUAAAUAUUUAAAAGCCAAUGUUUUCAUGGGUGAUUAUCUACAAAAAAAUUUCAGAUUCAAUCCAUAUAAUUCAAUGCCUGAAUAUAAAAAAGUUCAAGAUAUUAUAGCUAAUGGUGAUACCAAUAAAUAA